GGUGAAGCAGCCAGUCCAGCUUUGAGCUGCCCCGCUCCAUAAAUCGCACUUAAAUCCACCCUGGCGGUGGACAGAGUCCAGGAAAACUGGAAGAAAAAUUUGGAUUUUAACGGGCAGAGAACCAUCAUAUAAAAUCUUCACAAGACUCGCCGCAAUUCAGCGCUAGAUUUGCACUAGUGUUGGACAGCUGCAGCUGACUUCAACUUCUUUGUCAGGUUCCGUAAAUAAUUGUCAACAAACUUGGACCCGAUAUUUAUUUAACCGUCUUCCGUUGCUCUGGGCUCAUCUGCACAUUUGCAAGAUGAAUUCAUUUAUUCUGUUAACAUUAUGCGUGUUAUACACAGCAGUUCAGUAAAUGACUGACAUAUUAAGAUUAAAGUCACUAUGCGUGCUUUGUGAGCUGGCUUCUGUGCAGUGACACCAACAUGUCACUUACCAUAAAGCUGGUUGUUAGGAAAUUAUUUUCUAUCCGCACGUCCUGAUAUGGAAAUGUGAAUACAACUGGGACACGCCCGCAAGCAAUAAUAGGCUACCCAAGCUUUUUAGAAAUCCUGGCAACAGUGCAAUACUUCUCUGAUCCCCCUCCUGGGAUUGUGGUCUAUUCAAACAGAACUGUUGAGAAGACUUGUAGUGUGGCAAUCAAAAGGACAACCAUUCGAACAGCUGCAACACCUCUGGCAACUCGAGGGAACCUUGUUUUCUGGAAGCGAUACUGGCGGAGUUGAUGAAUGUCACUGUCUUUAUUGGUGACCUCGCCAUAGCAAAUGUAAUAUUUGUUCCUCUUAAAAUGUACAGUAUUUCAGAGGGACUCCUUGGAAGGUGACCAACAUAAACUAUUCUUAACAACUUGAAGCGCGUUUUUGUACCCAGUGGCACAGUGGACACUUGGACAAGGUAUCCAUUUCCUUGUCCGGGGUUUAGGCAAGCCAAGAGUAGGCUAUGGCAUCCUCAUGGGAAAACUGGAUUUGGUUACUCUGGAGACGGACUUUAGUUCCCUCUCUCCUCGUGCUUUGGGUCACCUGUCUCGGGACACACGGAGGAGAGGAUGACGCUUUUAAUGCAGAGUCAUGGCUGCGGAUGUAUGGCUACCUGCCUCAGGCCAGCAGACAGAUGUCCACCAUGCGGUCAGCUCACAUCCUUUCCAAUGCCGUCAGCGACAUGCAGCGCUUCUACGGCCUGCAGGUCACCGGCGCGAUGGACCACGGCACGGUGACAGCCAUGCGGAGGCCGCGCUGUGGAGUCCCAGACAAGUUUGGGGGUCAGAUCAAGACCAACGUUCGGCGCAAACGUUAUGCACUCACUGGCCACAAAUGGAACAAGAGCCACCUCACCUACAGUAUACAGAACUACACACCAAAGAUCGGGGAGUACAACUCGUAUGAGGCCAUCCGUAGGGCCUUCAAGGUGUGGCAGAAGGUGACCCCUCUGACCUUCGAUGAGAUCCCCUACCAGGAGAUCAAAUAUGGCCGCAGGAAGGAGCCUGACAUCAUGAUCUUCUUUGCCUCGGGUUUCCAUGGAGACAGCUCACCCUUCGAUGGCGAGGGCGGGUUCCUGGCCCACGCCUACUUCCCUGGUCCUGGUAUGGGCGGUGAUACUCACUUUGACUCUGAUGAGCCGUGGACCAUCGGCAAUGGGAACUUGCAAGGUAAUGAUCUGUUCCUUGUUGCGGUACAUGAGCUGGGCCAUGCCCUGGGCCUGGAACACUCCAACAACCCAAUGGCCAUCAUGGCUCCUUUCUACCAGUGGAUGGAAACGGAUGACUUUCAACUGCCCGAGGAUGACCUCAGAGGAAUACAACAGAUAUAUGGUCAGCCAGACGGUACACCCACCCAGGCUCUUCCCACUGUCACUCCUCGCCGGCCAGCCCAGCCAGACCCCAAACCCCCCAACUCUCCACCCAACUCUCCCCCCAAGUCACCCCCUAACUCUCCACCCAACUCUCCCCCCAAGUCACCCCCCAACUCUCCACCCAACUCUCCCCCCAAGUCACCACCCAACUCUCCUCCCAACACUCCGCCCAGAUCUCCCCCUAACUCUCCCCCCAACGCCCCACCCCGGAAGCCAGACAAUCCCCGCACGACUGACCGCCCGGACCACUACGGCCCAAACAUCUGUGAAGGAAACUUCGACGCGGUCACCAUGCUCAGGGGAGAGAUGUUUGUGUUCAAGGGUCGCUGGUUCUGGAGGGUGCGGAGGAACAGGGUCCUGGACAACUACCCAAUGCCCAUUGGUCACUUCUGGAGGGGACUGCCUGGGGACAUCGAUGCAGCCUACGAGAGACACGAUGGGAAAUUUGUCUUCUUUAAAGGGAAUAAGUACUGGUUGUUCAGGGAGGCAAACCUGGAGCCUGGUUACCCCCAGGAGCUGACAGACUACGGCAGGGACAUCCCCUAUGACAAGAUAGAGACAGCCAUCUGGUGGGAACCAUCAGGUUUCACAUACUUCUUCAAAGGAGACUGGUACUGGCGCUUUAACGAACAGUCCCGUGCAGUCGACAAGGACUACCCCAAGCCAAUCAGUGUGUGGGGCUCUGCGGUCCCGUCCUCUCCCAAGGGGGCUUUCCUCAGCGAUGAUGGAGCUUAUACGUAUUUCUACAAGGGAUCCAAGUACUGGAAGUUUGACAACCACCGGAUGAAGAGUGAGCCGGGCUACCCUAAAUCCAUCCUGAGGGACUUCAUGGGCUGCAGUGUGGACCUGGACCCAGACAGAGACGGGGACACCGACGCAGGCCGCAAGGUCCCCGACGUGGAUCGCCCGCCCUUCAACCCUGAUGCAGGUCGGGACAAAGACAAGGAGAAGGACAAGGACAAGGAGCGGGACAAGGAUCGAGACCGCACCAACGAUGUAGACUAUACGGACGAGAGAGAAGAGGAGACCAACGAGGUGGACGUGGUGCUGAAGAUCGACGAGAGCGAGACGCGCACUAUGAACAUCAUCAUGGUGACAGUACCCCUGGUCCUGGUGCUGUGCAUCCUGGGACUGAUCUACGCCAUCAUCAACACACUGAAGAGGAAAGGAGCUCCCAAACUGCUGGUCCACUGCAAACGAUCCAUGCAGGACUGGGUGUGACCUCUGACCCACUUAAUAACCCCCCCCACCUGAAUCCUAUCCUCAUUCCUCUAUCUUCUCAUCCAAAACAUGGUAGUAGAGACAUAAGUGCAAAUACACACACACAUAUGCACACACACACUCACACACACAGCAAACAUAAACACACUCCUAACUCGUCCCCCUCCCAUGGUGCUCUCCCCAAUGACUUGUCUGUAGUCUAUUUAUAUCAGAACGUUUGCACAUUG